AAGAAAGAAGAGCUGACGCCAGACCAGUACAUCAAGACGCCGUCUGGCAACUACUUCUGCAAGGCCUCCAUGAGGAAAGGACUCCUGCCAGAGAUUCUGGAGCAUCUUUUGUCAGCCAGGAAAAAGGCGAAGACAGAUCUGAAAAAUGAGACGGAUCCGUUCAAGCAGAAAGUUCUGGAUGGACGCCAGCUGGCCUUGAAGAUCAGCGCAAACUCUGUGUACGGAUUUACCGGGGCACAAGUGGGCAAGCUACCCUGUCUGGAAAUAUCUCAGAGUGUGACGGCGUUUGGCCGGAUGAUGAUUGAGAUAACGAAGCAGUACGUGGAGGAGACCUACACAAAGGAGAAAGGAUACGAGUACGAUGCCAAGGUGUAUUUCCCCUACCUGCUGAUCAACAAGAAGCGCUACGCGGGUCUGUACUGGACCAACGCAGUCAAGCACGACAAGAUGGACUGUAAGGGCAUUGAGACGGUGCGCAGAGACAACUCGCCGCUGGUCGCCCAGCUCAUCAACACCUGCCUCAAACUGCUGCUCAUAGACAGAAAUCCGAACGGGGCCAUCGAGCACGCCCAGCAGACAAUCUCGGACCUGUUGUGUAACCGCAUCGACAUCUCCCAGUUGGUCAUCACAAAAGAACUGACCAAGACCGACGAGGAGUACGCCGGGAAACAGGCGCAUGUGGAGCUGGCCAACCGAAUGCAGAAGAGAGAUCCUGGCAGCGCACCCAAGCUGGGUGACCGUGUGCCCUACGUGAUCACCGCUGCCGCGAAAGGAACAGCGGCGUAUCUCAAGUCAGAGGACCCGAUCUACGUGCUGGAGAACAACGUUCCAAUCGACACUCAGUACUACCUGGAGAACCAGCUGUCGAAGCCGCUGCUCCGAAUCUUCGAGCCCAUCCUCGGGGAGAAGAAGGCCGAGUCCAUGUUGUUACGUGGUGAGCAUACGAGGACAAAGACGGUAGUGAGGUCCAAGAUUGGGGGGCUGGCUGCGUUCACCAAGAAAAGAAGUACCUGCAUUGGCUGCAAGACACCCUUAGACGGAGACGGUGCCGUGUGCAAACACUGCGUGCCAAGAGAGUCAGAGCUGUACCAGAAGGAGGUGGGAACUCUCCAGGCGUUGGAAGAAAAGUUCACACGACUUUGGACGCAGUGCCAACGCUGUCAGGGCAGUCUUCACGAAGACGUGCUGUGCACAAACCGCGACUGCCCCAUCUUCUACAUGCGGAAAAAGGUCCAGAAAGAUCUGCUGGACCAAGACACGCUCAUCGCGAGGUUUGGAGACGUCAGCUGGUGAUCGUUGUCAUCGUGUUCUUGUCUCACCGUCAAAUGUUUCUGCCAAGACAACGGCCCUUUGUCGAGGAGAAAUGUGGUUGUCCUUGACAGUGUCAUUCAUCAUCACCAUCAAUCAUCAUCAUCAGUCAUCAUCAUCAUCGUCACCAUCAAUCAUCAUCAUCAUCAAUCA